AUGCAGUUCUCUACCACCGUUGUUACUCUUGCCGCCGUUGUUGCUGCCGCUCCCAAUGCCCAGCAGGCCGCCAAGCUUCGACAGGACAGACUCGAGCUGUUCAAGAACGAGGCUCAGAUCAUCCACACUGAUGCUGCGCAGGCUGGAUGUGACUGGGGCAAGUGCAUCACCGCCCUCGCUGGUGAGACCGCUGCCUGUGGUGCCGCAGCUGUUGAGCUUGGCGCCAAUAUCUUCGCCGACAUUGCUUGCAUUGCAUCUGUUGGAGGUGCCAUCAACAACGCUGCCUGCGCCAACUGCCCUUAA